AACAUUAGAAAGCGGUUAAAGGGAGCUGCGGGUCGCUGCAACAAGUGUAGUGGACUCUCUCCGGUCAUCUGCGGAGUUAUGUCCAGCCCCACCUUCACUGUCCUCCUGCUUUCAGGGUGCACUUAAAACGUGGCUCCGACACGUCUCUCUCCAACACUCAACUGCCAGUCUUAAUGCCCUACUGGAUUGAUUUCUAGACAGUUGCAGUAAACAAUAAUAUACACUUUGUCUUUAAAAUGAUCGCAUUAAACAUCAGAACAGCUAAGUCAGCGUUCUACAUUUGACCUAUGGAUUACUAAGAAGAAAAGUCACUUUGGGAAUGCUCCUCAUGCUUCACAUGGAUUAAUAAUGACCGCCCUUGAACUCUAGUGUGGCGGAAACCAUGAGUUUCCCUGUGGGCAUUUCUGCAUCCGGGAAGCAUUUCUUCCUCUCAGUGCAUUCCCUUGUGCUGAGAUUGCAUUUUACAGUGCUUUUUUUGUGCACCACGGCAUCCGCAUGCCCCAAGAGCUGCUUGUGCACAGAUAGGAAUGGCCUGGUGGUGGUUCAGUGUUCUUCCCGCAACCUUGAGACCAUCCCAUCCGAUCUACCGCAUGACACCGUCGCUCUGCUGCUCUCCUCCAAUCACAUCACUAAGAUCCCUGGCCAGGCUUUUAAACACCUCCCUCGCCUGCAGGAGCUUGAUUUGUCACGCAAUGCCAUUGACAGUGUGGACGGUAGCGCUUUUCAGGGCAUCUCGGAGACCCUGCGUAUGCUUAAUCUGUCCCACAACCGCCUGCGUGGAGUACCCAAGGAGGCCUUUGCACGGCUCCAUGCCAAGAUUGGCCUGGCCAACAACCCGUGGCACUGUGAAUGCACGCUACAGGAGGUGCUGCGUGAAUUAGAACUCGACCCUGAGACCGCCAGCGAGGUGAGCUGCCAUACAGCUGUGCAGGAUGAGUAUGCCAGCAAGCCCGUCAUUCAGGUCCUGGACUCUGGCAUCAACUUCUGCAAUGUUCAUCACAAGACGACAGACGUGGCCAUGUUUGUCACCAUGUUCGGCUGGUUCACCAUGGUGAUUGCUUAUGUCAUAUACUACGUGCGGCACAACCAAGAGGACGCCCGCAGGCACUUGGAGUAUCUCAAGUCUCUGCCAAGCAGUUCCCAGAUUAGCAAAGACUUGGAUACAAUCAGUACUGUUCUGUAGCGUCUGCAUCAAAGCCUUGGGUCAGGAAUGUAUUCAACUAAUGGGGCACAGCCAUGAUGGCGCAGCAGCAAGCCUUAAAGCUCAUCAUGAGCACUCCACAAACAAAUGCACAAUACUGUAUUCUUUAUUCAUUUCUAAAUAAGUAAAUCUUACAGCUCAAAAUGUAUGACUUUCAAUAGGCAGGUCAUGCUGAUAAAUUUUAGCAUUACUUGCAUUUUUAAGACUGUGGUUACAUAUUGGUUAGCAAUGACUAGCGCCGUGUUCCUACUUGGUAGGAACACAAGCAUGAUAUUAUGAAUUUCUGGGAAUUUUUCCCUCCAAGUAUAUGUUCAGUAAUAUUAGUAUGUUCUUUUGUGGCUCUUACAGAAAAGCUCUGCAGAGCUAAAUCCUCCUACCCUCUAUUUCCCAGCAGGUGCAUAAUUUCUCAUAUUAUGUCAGUUCAUUUGUCCAUUUAUGUGUUAAUAUAGAGAAAGUAGGAGAGAACCAGAGAUUGGCAGGCCUUAUUUCCAAUAUAUUUAUUAUAGUGCAGCAUAUGAAACUCAGGAAAAGCAACUGAAUAUAGGGACUAACAUCACUGCCAACUAAUGUUCAUUAAAGCUCUGCCUUGUAUUUUAUCAAUGGCAGCUCAUCCAUUAGGGGCAGGUGGAACGGAUCCCUAUCAUAUAUCUGCCGUUCAACAAAUGUUAAUCUUCAUUAAGUCCCCAUUCACAACUUUAUACAUUUUAAAUUCCAUUGAAAUAGUAAUAACCUUUUUUGAGUGACCAAUAAUUUAAAAAAGGAAGAUAUCCGCUAUUUGAGAUAUAUGCCAAUGUUCCAUUGAUUUCCUCACAUUUCUAGAUGUUGUGCAAUCAUGGGGCAACAAUACACCUAGUGGUCAAAAACGGCAAUGGCAACAAUCACUAGAGGCCUAUUGUGGCAAGAGUCAUGCUGCCCCAUUCUUGGGGGAAGAGCAGUGGACAGAACAGUUAACGACCUGGACCUGGAUCUUUUUUUUUUUUUUUUUUUUUUUUUUAAUAUAUAUUAGAUUGGGCUAAUUUAAGUGCCAGUCCCAAGCCCGGAUAAAAUUGGGGAGAGUUGCGUCAGAAAGGGCAUCCAGUGUGAAAACUGUGCCAAAAUCAAAUACGCCGACCAACAGUCUGCGGUGGCGACCCCUAACGGGAGCAGCCAAAAGAGGAACAACAAAUUGGGCUAAUUUAAAAUCUUCUCAGACUUUCUGCAAACAAAAGCUAGUGUAAGUGUAGACAGUGUAUAUAUGAUGUACAGAACCAUUUCUAGUCUAAGACGUAUUGCAAAGAUUGGGAAAGGGGGAUUGUCAAAAUGUGGUUCUCCCUUUUCCAGUGUGCUAGUUUCAGAUCUUUUGUGUGGUUUUUAAGAUGUAGCGUUGGGUUAAUUAUAUUAGCCACUGUGUGUGUGACAGGAAACACACCUGCAGCUGAAGAAUGGUACUUCUAAAACUGCUCAAAACAGGCUGCUAGACUGUAUGCUGGAUGACUGUAUGCUGUCAACUGUCUAUUACAGGGUUAUUUUUUAAAUUCACUAGAUAAUAGCCUACAGCAUAAAUCAACUGCAAUAGACUCAAACGAAAUGAAGUCAAGGCUAUCACAGUUGGCUAUAUCAUUAUUAAUGUCCUACCCAACAAAAUCUAUGGUCACAAGCCGCUGCUGUGUUUCAUUUUAUUAUUUUUUUGGCCGAGAUGUAACUGCCGAAGUGCCUAUGUGGUACCAUGAUACCUAAACACUGUGCUUUGGUUGGGUUAUUCAGCCCCUCAUGGUCCCUCCGCCAUUGACAAGAGACCUUUAAUACUUAAUAGUUUUGUUUGUGUCAUAGCCAUAUAGGAUGUGUUUAAUGAGACAUAGAUGUGCUGUCACAUUGUUGCAGUGCUUGUAUGAAGUAUAUGUAAUUUGACCAUAAAGGGCUCCUUUAGUAAUGUGUUUCUCAGUGAAAGUACAUGUAUUUGUUUGUGCUCCACAGUGGUUGACAAGAUUUGUUAAUAAUUAUGUCAAAACACAAUAACCUUCGGCUGUCUAGCCCAUUAUACACGCCAGACCCUUAGAGCUCUCCGACACACUAAUAGCUCUAUAUCUCCGUCAGUUCAUCUAUGAAUCCAUUAUAUUCAGACACAUUAGUUUUAUGGUUAACAAAUAACUUUUGACACUUUGUAAUGAGUAGAAAUACAUAUCCGUGUUGUUUAUCUGGCAGCACAAAAAUGUUGCUUAUUCCAGCCAGACACAGAAAAUGCCACUAAGCAACUGAAUAUGCAUUUAAAAGUAACAUGUUUCCCAAAUUACGUCUCUUUCACAUGUAUGCUAAACAUUCCAUAAUGAUGUACUCUCAUCUAUUAAUUCUUGCAAUAAUAGUUCACAGUAUGAAAACACCUGUUAAAUGCAAACAUUAUACCCUUCUAUCUACAUUUAUUUUACUUUCAGAACUUUUCUUAACUGACUGACGGUCAUCUGAGAAUGUGUUUUUUGCAUUCACACCUCACUGGAUUGUGCUUGGCUCAUUUUCAGUUCUCUGACUCUAUGACAGCGAUGAUAGAUUUAUUUCAGUGAUAUGUUUGGAUAGCAGUUCCAAACAUUACUUUUGUUAAGUUUUUGAUGAGUGUUGUUCUUGAUGCUGUGUGUCCAAUUCAGGUCUGACUGAAUAUGUUUGACAAGCAAUUUUAAAUUCCACAACAAUACAUUGUUUAAUUCAACAUUUUACUGAUCUAAGCGAUAAUCCCAGCCUCUCAGACAGUUAGAUUUUACUGGGUAAUACGUAAUAUAAUGGCAGUGCUCACAAUGAUACACGAAACCUACAUAAGCACUUCUUGGCAAAUAACAGAACUAUAUGAACAUGAAUAAAGGCUUAUUCAAAAAGGAGUCAGCUAAGAGCUAUUUUUCUCAGUCACAUAACAGUCACAUAGUCACAUAACACCUGACUUUCAAGUGACAGAUUUUUGUUGUCAUUAGGUUGUAUCAUGACAACGCCUCACAUUUAAAUGUCAUGACAAAAUUCAGAUAAAUUAAUACUUAUUCAUUAUGAUGUGAUGUCAUUCUUCUAGUUUUUGAAAAAAAGUAUUUUUUUCUAUAUUUAGUAUAUUUGAUAAAACAUGUAACUACUUAAAUUCUCAGCUUAGCAUUCAGUUUAAACAUACAGGGUGUACCAAAAGUUUCCAUACAUAGGGGAAAUUAACACUUUUUUAGCAAAAUGUCUUCCAUACUUAGUUUAUUCAUAUUAUAUAUUUUUUUCAGAUAGACUUUAAGAAUGCCUUUGACAAAAGAAGAACUUAGUGAAAUCAUUCUCAUGCCUGGAUUGGGAAACUGUCGCAAGGUUGCAGUGGAAUUUUACAGGAAACAUGGCGAGCACGUCACACACAACACUGUUACCAAACUGGGAGUCAAAGUUGGAAGAGAUGACUCCAUACGUGUUUACAAAGAAAUCAUGUAGAGGAUGUUUUGUAAAUAAAGUUACAUUUUGCUAAAAAGUGUUUCCCCUAUGUACAGGACACCCUGUAGUAUUCAGGAACUGCUAAGAUUUAUUCUAUAACUACAGUACAACUAAUAGGAAUUGUAUGUAGUUACAUCAUAGAUGAAUUUGUUCAUAAGUUUGGACCUGCCAUCAUGCCCUAAGACUUAUAGGGAUUAAAGAUUAAAUAAAAUAUACAUUUAUUCAAACUAUGUUGUUACAGUGUAGUUACAUAAGAAAUAAAACACUUGGGGGCUUUCAAUCUUAAGGAACAUCUGCAAAAGAAAUUAGUUCCUGUAAUGAUUAAAACUAUAUGGCCAAAGGUGGACACCUGACCAUCACACUCAUAUGUGUCUGUUGAACAUCCCAUUCCAGAUUUAGUCCCCCUUUGCUGUUAUAAUAACCUCCACUCUUCUGGGAAGGCUUUCCACUAGAUUUUGGAGUGUGGCUGUGGGGAUUUGUGCUCAUUCAGCCACAAGAGCAUUAAUGAGGUCAGGCACUGAUGUUAGGUGAGGAGGCCUGGGGUGCAGUUGGAGUAACGGUUCAACCCGAAAGUGUUCAUGUCUUCAUGGAGCUUGCUUUGUGCACAGGAGCAUUGUCAUGCUGGAACAGGUUUGGGCUGCUUAGUUCUAGUGAAGGGAAAUUGUAAUGCUACAGCACACAAAGACAUCCAAUACAAUCGGUUUGUGGGAACAGUUUGUGGAAGGUCCACAUAUGGGUGUGAGGUCAGGUGUCCACAAACCUUUGGCCAUAUAAUGUAUGUUAGAGCAGCUAUAAACAGUUGUUCCCUCAUCAGCACCUCUUCUUUCUCUCUCUCUUUGAGUUAUUGAGACAAAAAAAAAUGCAGAUUGCAAAACCCUCUAUCCUGAAGACUUUCCCAUGUCAGAGAACAUCAAGGAACAACUUUAACUCAGACUGUUACAAAUUGCUAAGACUGGGCAACUUUUAUAUACAUGCACAGUAAAUGUCUCCUCAAAGAAAACUUCACUAUAUGAACAAUUACAGAUAUUUUUUAAAAAUGUGUUAAGGUGGAACUGCCACCAUACAAGUCCCUGUGUAAAUUUUGAUAGAAAUAUUACAGUAUAUUUAAUUUUAUUAAAACAAGUGCAUUAAUAUAAAACUGGGAUUUACUAUUGUCAGAGCUGCUGUUAUAGAACAUUAAUUAAUACCUUCUGCCCAAUCAGAUUUGAGAAUUCAACAGUAAUGUGGUAUAAGUAUUGAUAAAAACCUUAUCCACAAAAAUUUCAAACAAAUUUUACCAAAGGGCCAAAGUCAUCCAUAACUAUUUUGUGAAAAACCUUCACUAUUUAACAGUGGUACAUCAUUUCAGAGUUUCAUAACUAUGUUUCCACAAAGUGUGAAUUUCAGAUGAUUCUAAACAUGUUCAUUUUGCCACAGAAUCUCACUUGGCAGGUUCUGAAACAUCAUCGCCAUUAUCAGACUCUGACAAACAAGAAGUACACUGCGUUACAAAAUGAGUCAUGACAUAGACACGUCAUCGUACCACAAAGUCUCAUAACGGAAUCUUAUGUUAACAAAGCUGGAUAUUAAAACUGAUGAAAACAGUCUUUACGACAGCUGAUGCCUGUUGAUAUGAAGGCUUAUAUUAGUUGUCAUUAAGGGCUUAUGUAGGUGACAUGUAGGCCAUUGAACAGAACCCAUGAGUAAAGUGAUAACUUAUGUUGGUACUUGGAUGUUUGUCAUGGCCUCCUUGGAAUUUUUUUUACUAUAAUAAAUUAGGUAGAAAUGAAAUUGUAUUAAAUUAUAAAACAAGUUUAUAAAUUUAUAUGUUUGUGCAAGUAUGUGUCCAAUAUGUAUAACAUAAUAUUGUUAUCACUGAUUAUGUCUGUGCUUAUUUAUGUGUUUAAUUCCAUAUUAGAUUAUCUGUUAGUCUUUACAUUGUUGUUAAUGACAUUUUAUGGUUUGCUGUUUCUGUGGAAAAGAAGUCAAUUAAAUUUUUUUGGGGAAAAAAAC